CGGAUGGAGCGUGUCCAAGCAGGACGAUUCGAUUCAUGAGCCCUAUUCAUUCUCUUUGGGGAAAAAAAUGACAGAAAAAGGACAAGAACGAGAGAACGGGUUCGUCGAUCCAAAAGCUGUAUACAAGCACACUACACGGGUUCAGGCCGGACGUGUCAGAGUUGGAACGGUGUCGCUAUCUCAAAAGCUGCAGGAGGAGUCGCAGCUCCAAAAUAUGAGUGUGCUAUAAUAAUAAAUACAUCAAGUAAACUUAAGAAGAAGAAGAAUAGUGUGCUUGCUGCUUCCCUAUAUAGUGAGUAGGGAAUAGUGAAUGAGUGCGUGAUUUCGGACAUAGCCUUUACUGUCGGAUGGUAUCAAAGCGUUUUGUUAUCAUUCAAAAUCAUUCCAAAAUAGAAGGAGCACGUGACAUGAGCCAGAGCAAAUCAACGGCAAACAAUCAAAAAUCAACAUCAGGCAAGCAAACUUAACAGCAGCAAGCAACUUUAACAAGAGCCAGAGAUUAUUUCACAAUUUAACACCUUCAACUACUUCAACACCAUCAACUUGACGUUUCAACAGGAGAUUCACUUCAGACUUCACACCAUCCUCUGGAAAAUGGCUCAACAAUUUUUCAACGUUCUUCAGAGUCCAAGCCUGUCCCACCCCAUCCUUCCACCCCAUGCGUCAUGGGGUGACAUAAUGGAUACUCUGGACGAUGGGCUUGAGGGUGUAGAGCCCUUCAUGUUACAUGAUCCCUGGAGCGCAGAUAACAUCAGCCAGGAAGAGGAGCAGAAGCUAAUGGAGCAUAAGUUGCAAGAACAUACACAAACACAGGCAUGCAAUAUAAUAACUCUUCUAUUUCCUUUUCUUUCUCAGAGUGAAGAUGUGCAGGCUGGCAGUAUAAAUGCUCCUCUGGCUCCACCUGUAACAUCACCAGCAGUGUCAGAGCCUGAGCCCGGAUCUGCCACCCAUGUCCAGCCUCAGCCGUCUGUGGAAAAGCAAGACCGUUUCAAAGCGCCACCAUCCACACUGCCAGAUCCUCUUUCAUGGGGUGACAUCAUGGACGCACUGGAUAAUGGGCUAGAGGACAUAGAGCCAUUCACUUUACAUCAUCCCUGGAGCAUGAAUGUCAUCGACAAAGUAGAGGAGCAGAAGCUAGAGGAGCAGCAGAGAGAGGAGCAGAAGGAAGAGGAGCAGAACGUAGAGGAGCAGCAGGUGCAGGCUAAAAUCCAGAAGCAGCCUGUUCAGAAGAAGAAGGUCCCUGAGAAACGCAUCAGCAAAAACAAGAAGACAUUCACACUCCUACUGAGGAAUUUGGACGGCAGCGUGGAAGACGAGCGCCUACAGGAGGAAUUCAGGCGAUUUGGGACGGUCAUCAACGCAAAGGUCAUGAUGAAGAAUGGCCGUUCAAGUGGCAAGGGCUUCAUCACCUUUACAUCUCGUGAUGAAGCCAGAAAAGCCAUCGUCACCAUGAACGGCAGGCUGUUGGGCAGCAAGCCUGUGUACGUGAGUCCGGCUCAGAGUAGCCGCACUAGACAGCUGACCAUCCAGCCACAGGAUGCCGCUCCAGAGAGACAGGAAGAGCCUCGGCGAGAAAAGAAGAUGCCGGAGAAGACGAUCAGCAGAGUACAAGCAAAGACUGGCGAAAUCUUCGUGAAAAAUUUGGACUACAGCGUGGAUGACGAGUUCCUGCACGACUAUUUCCAACCCUUUGGAAGCGUCAUCAGAGCAAAGGUGAUCAUGGAGAAUGGGCGAUCGAGAGGCAGAGGAUUUGUACAGUAUACCACUCCUGACGAAGCCAGAAACGCCGUAGAAAUGCUGAACGGGAAGAUCCUGGGCGGGAGGCCAUUGCAUGUGGCGAUAAACAACGAGCAGCACAAGACUUCCUUUGCCUGGACGCAGAGGGUGCAGCAACAUCGUCGUCCCUGUGUCGCGCCAGCAACCAAAUAAAUUAAUAAACCUUGUCAAAAAUGUAACAAAA